AUGUCUUCCUUAGAAGUCUACCUCGUCACCUUUAACUGUGCGCGUAGAUUAAUAGAGCCGGCAGCCUUCGGUCGUUAUUUACUAGACGCGCACCCCAAAGACGCUGCAUUGCCUGGCAUCAUUGUCCUCUCGUUGCAAGAGAUAGCUCCUAUCGCAUACGCGUUUCUGGGAGGCGCGUACGUCCUACCGUACUUCAAUCGCGUUGUAUCUUCCGUAAAUGUCGCCGCAGAACGCCAUGGAGGCGGCCCCGAUACAUACGAAAACCUCCUGACAGCGCACGUUGGCUUGACUGGAAUAGUGGUUUUCGCCAGACAGGAAGUUGCCCAGAGGCUACGAUGGAUCCAAACAGCCGGCACGGGCGUGGGGCUCUGGCAGAUGGGCAACAAGGGCGCUGUGGGAGUGCGCAUGGGAUACUCUUUGGAAGAACGUGAUGGCGAAGAGCUGGGGAUUACGCUUGUCGCCGCUCACUUGGCCCCUAUGGAGAACGCGACGGAGAGGCGCAAUGCUGAUUGGGAGAAUAUUGUGCGCAAUCUUGUUUUCUCACCACAUCGAGGGGUGCGGAAGUUGCACAAUGGCAGGCGAACACUGGGGGAUGAAGCAGAAGAUGAGGACGCCGAACCGCUGUUGUCCAGAGAUUCAGAUGAGGACGAUAAGACCCCGACAGGUUUAUACAACCCAGGAAGCCACGCCUUCCUCGCAGGUGACCUAAACUACCGCUCUCACAGUGAUGGUCCGGAGCCGGAGUCCUACGUGGACUACCCGCAGCCCGCAAAGAUAGGCUCACCGAAACACUUCUCCAAUCUACUAAAACACGAUCAACUCGGUCACGAACGCGAUGCCGGGCGAACGGUGCACGGCUUCCACGAGGCUCCUAUCAACUUUCCCCCAACCUACAAAUACUCCAUGAAGCGAUCGGCCGGCAAACCAUCCGCAAUCAGCCCAGAUACCGACAGUGAUGCAGGCGAGGCCGAGCACUGGGACUGGUCAAAGCACCGGUAUCCCAGCUGGACUGAUCGGAUACUAUUCUUACCGCCGCUGGCGUCAUCGUCGCAGCUUGAACUGCAUACCUAUACCGCUCUGCCCUUGCAACCGACAUCGGACCAUCGGCCUGUAGCACUGUCGGUUUCUGUGCCGCUCGAAGCGCUUGACAAAGAUGACCAGGAUAUCCGCAGCAGACCGCCUUUCCCGAUCAAUCCGAGGUGGCAGGCUCAGCGCGCGGCGGCGCGGCGGAAAGAGAUCAUUGUUGGCGUGCUGGCUUACCUUUCACUGACGAGAGAAGGCAAUGCGGUGCUUGCCGGUGUAGCGGGAGGGCUGUUGGCUGGAUGGUUCGUCUUCAAGGCAAUUCUCGAGUGGUGA